AUGUCCGAAAGAAAUAAUGGAUCUAGAUACACUGAACGUACUAGUGGUUCCAGUGCAUCCAAAGCAUCCAUAUCAUCCAAAACAUCAGGAGCCAGCAUAUCCUCCGAACAAAGAUCUCGAGAAUUUCAGGAAAAGAAAGAUAAGAGGGAUAGGGGGGAGGUGGAUGAAUACACACCUAGUGUUGCUCCCAAUAGUGCACAUCGCUCGGAGCGUCCUUCUUCUCGUCGCCCUUCUUCUAAAGCACCAACUAGUACAGCACCUUCCAAGGCACCAACUACCAUCGCCCCCUCCGAAAGUAUCAGUGUCCGUCCUCCACCUAGAUCUCAAGCUAAAUCAAGACCUCGCUCAAGAUCUCGCGAGAGCGACAAAAAACCUCCAUCCAAAACCUCAAGCAGAACAUCAAGUGUAGCUUCAUCAGCAACCGUGAAGCCGUCUCGUCAAGCUCCAUCUAUUGGGUCAAAUUUGUUCACUUUACCAGAAGAUCGCACUGUGAUAGCUGAUUCUGAGAAUGGUGGACGGAGAACAGCAAAUCCGAGUCAAGUGGGAACCAAUUACAGUCAAGACUCUAGGAAUCUCUCAAAUACUUAUAAUCCCAAAGCCAGUCGCGGACCGCCUCCAUCUAAAUUUUCCAAGAUGACAAAAGAGGAAAUCGCUACGUACUUGCCCGAUGAAAGCGAAUUACGCGAAAUAAGAGGACGACACAAGGCAAAGGGGAGUGUAGCUGAGUCGGCAUUCGAUCUUGCGGAGAAGAAGGCGGGACGGAGAUUGGGCAAUACUUUGCUGAUGGAUGGAGAUGGCACACCCAUAGGAGUAGCCAAAAUGUCUCUCGAUCCCAAAUAUGGUAAUUCGGGGGGAUUGUUCGAGUUAAAUCGAGUGGGGGAGGGCGAUCCAAGAUUAUCGGAUAGAACACGGCGCCGCGAGGAAUCGCCAGAUAGGAGAUCACACCAUGGGUCGAAAACGACGGUUAGCGCUGGCGGGAGUCUGACUUCUGACACGAACUCUAAUUUUGGAAGAAGGACUGUGGUGCCACAUGGAUAUGAAUUUUCAGACAGAGCUUCUAGUAUUUCUGGGCAAAGUUCUCAAUCUGGGAGAAGGACUGAAAUAGUCGCCCCUAGUACAGUCGUCUCUAGGAGUACAUCUGGGAGACAGACUGUGGUGCCACAUGGAUAUGAAUUUUCAGACAGAGCUUCUGAUGUUUCUGGGCAAAGUUCUCAAUACCAGACUAAGAUAGUCGCCCCUACUUCCGUCACGCAUAGGCCCAAGUACAAAACCAAGAAAUUCAAGCCAGAUAGUUCCAGGGGAUGA